AUAGUAUUUGAAGAAUCACUGAAUUAGAUGUUCAAAGUGUACAUAAUCUUACAGAAUUAGAUGUUCAAACUUUUUAUGAUUAUUGUUUUGCCCCCAAUCAAGUAAUUCCUUCUGACAUCUGUUUUGCUGUUCUUUAACAUGACGCAUGUUCCUAUCUCCAUUUGCUGCGGUUCCGGGUGCGCAGGCAGUAUUGCAGAGCGGUUGCUCAGUCAUCUGGAAAUCACAGUGUCGUCACCGCAGAUGAACUCCAAUGAUUUUGACGCUGAAAAGUUAGCAGACCUGCAGGCGCUGCACAUCCAGAACGCUCAGCUUCACAGACGAGUGGCAUUUCUGAACAAACAGUUAAAGGACAAAGAGCGACAACAUAAUACUGGAACCCUGUGUACCUCAGAAGUGCUUAGUCUGCCAGAGGAUCUUGCUGACGCUCAAUCCCGACUGCAGGAGAUUCAAGGCAUCCUUGCAGAAGUGCGGAAAUCUCUUCUGGACACAAAGAAACAGCUGCUUGACAGUGAGGCACAGAAUGCACUGAUGAAAUCUGAUUUACAGACCAUGAGAACCAAAUUUGUCCAAAGUGAGCAGGCAAAGAGCGAACUGGCCUCACUUGCCCAGCAAAGACUGGAAAAGAUAAAAAACCUUGAGAGGAUUAUUAAGAGUGGCGACGUAUCAGAGUGUGACACAGUUGUUGACCUUGCGAUGUCUGACGCAGCACUCAAGGAGCAAUAUGACCAGAGCAGUGCCAGUGAGCGCAUCACUAAAUAUCUGAUGACUCUGGACCAGCCGGAGGCCUCGCACAUUGGUGGUAAUGUACACAUGGCUGCAGAAAGGGAAGAGAACACACCAGAGGAAGCAAAAAUGAGCUCAACCCUGCUGGGAAAACAGCCAUCUCAUCCAUACCUUCAUCUGGAACGGACACACAGUGAUGGUUUUGAAGGACUACGAUUAUCAGAGCAGCAGAUGGCAGAAGAGGGCCGCCGACUGUUUGACUCACUCCUCUCUGAGGGAAAGGUAGAUGCUAUGUCAACCGACUGCAGCAUGAGGUCCGUAUCGACCUUUGACACCAGAGAUGAGGUGGCAUUCCGAGAUGGCUUGGCAGCUUUGGAUGCCAGCAUAGCCAGUCUGCAGAAAACGAUCAAACAGGAUUUAGGAAGAUAAUUUUACUUGUCAUGGUUUACUGGCCUGGCCUAAAGUGUGGGUUCAAUUAAAUGGUUCUCUUUAUGUGCUCUGUGAUUGACUGGCGACCAGUCCAGGGUUCAGCUCCCGGUGACCCUGAACAGGAUAUGCAGUAUAGAAAAUGGAUG